AUGGACCCCCGCGACCGAGACGACCGCACCGGCGAGACCACGCCGCUGCUGUCGGAUCAGCCGCAUCACAAGCCGGACAUUGAACCGGCGGGUAGCGGUGGUUGGCUGUCGGAAGCAUGGCUCCUCUGUCGGUACUCAUUACCGCUCAUCGCCACCUAUCUGCUACAGUACUCAUUCACCGUCAUCACGACAUUCGUGGCAGGCCACCUCAGCGCCGAUGACCUCGCCGCCGCUAGCAUUGGUCUGACGACCAUGAACAUCAUCGGCCUAGCUAUCUACGAGGGCAUGGCUACCGCCCUAGACACCCUCUGCGCCCAGGCUCACGGCUCUGGUCGCCUGACCGCCGUCGGCCUCCAUGUCCAACGCAUGCUCAUUCUCAUGGCCCUUGCCACCGUCCCAAUUGGACUUUUCUGGGUCUUUUCGCCAUCGAUUCUCUCCCUGUUCGUCAAGCAGCACCACUUGGCCGUCAAGGCCGGCACGUUCCUCCGUGUCAGUCUGAUCGGUAUGCCUGGCUACGCCGCCUUCGAAGCCCUCAAGAGGUUCCUCCAGGCGCAGGGCGACUUCAAGAGCGCCAUGGUCGUCUUGAUCAUCUGCGCCCCCAUCAACGCCCUCCUCAGCUGGCUGUUCGCUUUCAAGUUGGACAUGGGUCUGGAAGGCGCUGCCCUGGGCCAGGCUCUAGCCAACGACCUGCGUCCCGUCCUCCUGCUCAUCUACAUCGUCGUCUGGGGCCAAUGGUCGCACCAGUGCUGGGGUGGAUUCUCUCGCAAGGCCUUCACUGAGUGGAGCGUGCCGGUGCGACUCUCCAUUGCCGGAUCGGCCGUCAACCUGGGCGAGUGGGCUGCCUUUGAGAUCCUCACGCUCAGCACAUCCUACCUGAGCACCGAGCACCUCGCCGCGCAGACCAUCUUGACGACCAUCUCCGUCGUCAUGUGGCACAUCCCCUUCUCCAUCUCGGUUGCUAUCAGCACGCGCAUCGGCCACCUAAUUGGCGGCGGACUCGUAGCGACCGCACGGCGAGCCACGACCGUAUACGCCAUCGUCUUCACCGUUGUCGGUGUCCUGGACGCCAUCCUAAUCUUCCUGUUCCGCCACCAACUUGCCCUCGUAUUCUCCGAGGACGCCGAGGUCCAAAGGCUCACGUCCGACUCCAUGCUUGCGGUUGCGGCAUUCCAGCUCAUCGACUCCAUCAUCAGCGGAUGCAACGGCGUGCUACGAGGUCUCGGCCGGCAGGCGGUUGCGGCCUUUGUCGUAUUUGCCGUGAACUAUCUGGCUGCAGUACCGCUCGCGGUCUGGCUCGAGCUGGGAUCACCAGGCCUAGAGCUGGAUGGUGCCUGGAUAGGUCUUGGUGGCGGCAUGGUUGUCAUCGCCAUCAUCGAGUGCAUUUACAUGAAGGUGAUUCGAUGGCAAGACUGUGUCGAAAGUGUGAGAGAUAGAGAAGGCAUGUAA